GCUUGGCUUCAGAGGAGCGGAUGUGAGGCUUGUUUGUGUGCGUAGCAGGUUCAGACAUAAUCAACUGAGGGUUAUUUGUAUGCUUGUGUGUGCAAGUGUGUGUGUGUCUGUGAAGGCACAGCUCUUUGACAGGGGUUUAAACCCAGUAUAACAGUGGUGUGUCUUUCCCUCCCGCAAGACUUGACUUAAAACCUCUCAAGCUGGCUGAUCAUAUGAUGCUGCUCUAAAGAGCCUGGAGGGGGUAAGUCAUGCUUUUAGAGUUUCCUUCUAAUGCUUUUUUUAUCUCUGAGGUUUUUAAAAUGUUCAAAUGUAUGCCUUUGCCACUCGCACAGGGGGUAAUGAAUGACAUCCUAGGCAGUAAUUAUCAUCACUAGAAAAACUAUAUAAUUAUACUCACUGUGUAUAUAUUUGUAAGUCUUUAUUCACUUGUCACAGCUUUCACUUUGUGCCAGUGUUCCUCUUCUCAUUUUAUCCUCCCUGUUACAUUUUCUACUUGGUAUUUUUGUACUUCUCCUUUAACAUUGUGUGAAAAAGCCUGUGAUGUCCUGUGUAAACAUCCCAUUUGCUUGCAGCAACUUCUGCCAUAGUCUGUACAGACGGAUAGUUCUCUGACUACUUCAUGCAUAGCUUUAAAUAUCUUGAUACAUUGUUUUCUCCCCUUCUAUUAGGGUUGAAAUUCAUAUUUGUCUCCAGAUUUGCCACCUCUGCAUCCAAGUUUUAAGAAUCAACAACGCUCUCAGAGAUAACACCACAUAGAGGAUUAACAGUGUUAUCAUUUGACACACUCAUUUUGUAAUCAAAAGCAUGACACUGUAAUCUGGAUUUAACAAUAUGAUAAUGGCUCAAAUUAUUCAAACAAAGAGUUAAUUAAUCAGUCAGCCUCAGACAAACACGAUAGCAUCUCUUUAUAUUUGUCUCAGACUGAUUAAGUUUCAUUUACAGUUAUCCCUCUUUGUUAAUCUGAGUUAACUCUCAUACAUUCACUGUAGAGCUUCAUGCACCCUCACAGGAACUGAGAAGUGAGCACCCACACAGGAAAUGUUGGUCAGAGUCUGUCCCGGAUGUUGGUUUGCAAGACGCGAGCAGAAUAUUGAAGAAAUACAGAAGGGUAAAGCCAGUAAAAAGACAAAGAAAGUGAGAAAUAAAGUCAAGGUUUCAUUAGGUUAGGCAAAAGAUAAAAAGACAAUAUUUAUUAUCUUCCUGCUGAUGUUUGAUUGCUGGCAUAAUGAGAGGUUCAGACAGAGAGAUGGCCUUGGUUUGUGUUGACAACAUGGAGCCAGAGCUUUACAGUUUUAUCCUUCGACCAGAGUCAGGGUGCAGCGCGGUGAUAAAAUGAUAAUCGGACUGUUAAACCACUCAACAGAAACAGCCCCUCAACACCACCCUUCACUUGUCAAAUCCACACAGCAUUACAUACUCUCUCUCCCUCCCUCUCUCUCGCCUUCUCUCGCUCGGUUUAUUUUCUGUGCCUGUGGUCAGGAAGUACAAACUUGCUUUUGUUGCCUGUCACCAAAAGUCUGGUGCACUCACUGCAAAUCUGUAGAGCCACACCAAGACGUUAAAAAAUGAGAAGUACGUCCUGAAUUAGAAACAAAACCCUUCCCUAUUUGGAUCAGUUCGGCAUUCAUGUGGUGAGUAUUUGUAUUUCGGUUUUAUUCUCAGCCUGGGCGGUGUCGAGUUGGAUUUCAAAAUGCUGCCGUUUGUGUUUUCAAAUUGAUUCUCACAGAUCGGCAGCAACAAAAAGAGGCCACUAUUUCACGCCAAACAUAAUGGAGUUUUAUGAAUGGCUUUUUUGUCUGUGAGCUGAUCAGAUGUUCUUUUUGGAGGUUUCCCAUUUUUGUGUUAGUGGUUAUGAACCCUAACCGAAUAACUUUGCAUUAUUCGUCUCUCAGUAUUUGGCUACCAAAAUAGUCUCUGGAGGAGUUUCUUGUGUUACUUCACAGUGUUACUCAGUGUUGUUCCUCUUUUACAGAUGUGUGAAUGGAGUUUGUGACCUGCUUUACGACCUCACACUUACAGGACCUUACAAAAAUGAUCAUCCUUCAUACGACAGAGGACGUUUCAUAGCAAGACAACAUUUGCAGCUUUGAAAUCUUUCAUCACAACAAAGGACCGUCACUAAUGGAGGGGGAGGGAAACUCGGAUGUUACAGAACCAGGCCUUCAACAGGACUCAUGGACCUCUAUAGACCACCAGUGUAUCGAUGGAAAUCAGCAGGGACUUGUGUUGGAAGAGACUGUGGUUCUGACAAACCAGGAACUUAGCACGGAUCAGAUCUCUCCCUCUCUGAAGACUGAUAGAGAGUCUCCCGAGGAGCCAGAGCCAUGGGAGCAAAUAAUAUGGCCAGUGCAACCCAUGACCUGCACCAGUCCUCUGCUGUCCUUCGCCACAGUGCAGUGGGACAUGCCCGACCCAUCUGCUGGGGCGCCUUCGCCUGUGACUCAUGGCAGCUUGGCCAAUGAGCUGGACUCUGUCAUCAUGACGAGUGUAGGCACCACUUCCCCAUCACCUUACCCAUAUGAAGACGUAAAUGAUGAGCUUUUCAGGGAGGAGGACAGAGAGACGGAAGAAGAGUUGAAUUCUGAGCCUCUGAGUGGUAACGACUUGGAGGUAUGUGUAUAAAAGCUUCUUUGUAUCUUUGUAUGUGACCUCCUGUGUCCUUCACCCUUCCUCCACUUAAUGUUUGCUUGACUUUGGCUUUCAUCUAUGUGUUUAAAUAUACUUCUUUUGUUGUAAGUCGUAAUUCUUAGAAAUUGUGGGGAGCGGAGUGGACAUAUGUUGGUCAGAUGAGUCAUGAUGCCCACUGAUGAUCACAAGUUUUUCUCUCGUUACUCAAGUUCAUGAUCAAUGGUCUGUGUUGCAAUUUUCAGCCAUGUGAUGAUGUCGAUGUUCAAGAGCACGCUGCACAGGAAGAGGAAGAUUCAGCCCAAGAACAGUUAGGCAGUAACAACGGUGGGUGUUGCUAAGACAAACAAAUGAGUAAUGGCACUAAAUCUUGUCUUUUCUUACUUAGUUUAAGGAUAAAAAAAAUUAAACUUUCAAAAACAAACCAGGCUUAUGAGAAAUGAGUCAAGAUUCAACUCAUACAUGUUUGCCUUCUUCUAGAAAAUGUUCAAGAAAUCUUCCUGAGGACAGACCUGAAAAAAGACGAAAAAGAAGAGGAGGAGGUCAAGUCAGCAAGCUCAGAUCCAAUCGAAUCUUUAGUCAUAAUCGAUAGUCUCCAAGAAAUUGAGAGCUCAGGGGACGAGGUGGAAAGUUUUGUUGAUUUAAAGCUAGAGGAGGAACGGGAGGAGUCUGUUGCUCUGCUAUCAAGACAAGGGGACUCAGAGGAAGAGGAAACGUCAUUGAACGGUAUUGAGACUGAAAAAAAGGACCAGGAGGAGAGCAAGUUAGAAGAGGACGAGGAGCAAGGGGAGGUAGAAGAGGACAAGGAACGAGACGAGGCAGAAGAAGACGUGGUAAAAGAGGACAAGGAACAAGACCAGUUGGAAGAGGGCAAGCAACGAGAGGUAGAAGAGGAGAAGGAACGAGACAAGGUAGAAGAACAUAAGGAAAGUGGUGAGGAAGACGAGGAUGUGGAACGAGACGAGGUAGAAGAAGACGCAGAACAAGACGCGGCAAAAGAGGACAAGGAACAAGACGAGUUAGAAGAGGACAAGCAACGAGAGGUAGAAGAGGAGAAGGAACAAGACAAGGUAGAAGAGGACAAGGAAAGUGGUGAGGUAGAGGAGGACCUGGAACGAGAAGAAGACGUAGAACAAGACGAGUUAAAAGAGGACGAGCAACGAGACGAGGUAGAAGAAGGCGAGGAACAACACGAGGUAGAAGAGGACAAGGAACGACACAAGGUAGAGGAGGACGAGGAGGGUGAGAAAUUGAACCGCUGUGCUGGAGAAAGUGAAGAGUUAGAAGCUGACGGCUCUCUGAAUCACGUGUGAGUAUCAUGGUUUUUGAGAAGGGGAAGGGGAAGUGUGUUGACACUGAGUCAUGUUGCAAUUUGCGGCAUUAUGUAAUAACUACACUGCAUGUUUCAUCCUUACUUCAUAGGGAGGUUCCAGCAGAGCCACAACAAACUGAUGAAGCUGGACUAACUAUAAUCCCAGAUAAACUAUUAGCUCUCCAGCCGUCUGAGUUUUCAGAGGAAAAGGGGCAAUCAAAGGCUGAAAAGGACACUGAGCUACAAGAAGAAGGUCCCACAGGACAGACUGAAGAGUUAGAAAUGUGCAGAGAUGUAAAUCAGGACUUGGAGCCUGAACAAUCAGAGGCUGCAGACAACACUGGAGAACUGUCAACCCAGGCGGCAAAUAACAUCGAGAGAGUUGAAGACACUCAGGAGUUACUAGAGCUGACUGAAAGACUGCAAGAAACGAGUUGUCAAAAAACACCCUCACAGGACAUAGAAGACUCACCGCAACUUAAACAAGCUGAGUCUGAGCAGCUUGAGAUGACUGAAGAGACAGAGCAGGUCCAAAAAGAGAACUCAAACUCUGCAGACAAAGUAGAAGAGUCAGAGCAUCUGGAGCAGGCACUGAUGGAAUUAGCAGACGAGUCAACCCAGACUGAAAAAGCAGAGGAGUCCACUCCAUCAGAGCAGACACCUAGCGCUAAGGCCGAAGACCCUGUGGCGGCAGAGCAGCAGGAACAGACGGAGUCAUCGGACCAGAAUGAGCAGCGAGCGGCCGGCGAGCAGCUCACGCAGCCGGAGAAGACGGACGAGUCUGAUAUAAUGGAGCAGCUGCCGCCUGAGACCGGGGUCACGCAGCAAACAGUGGAGGCAGAGCUCAGUCAGACGUCUCAUCAGGCUGAAGAAGAAGAAGACGAAGGUGUGAAAGAUAACGUACAAACAGUCGUCCCAAAUGGAGUGCAACACAAGUGUCCUGACACAGCAGUGCCUCAUAUGAACGGAAGAGAGGUAGACCGGGAGUCAGCCCGCAGCCUGGCUGAACGGCUGUUUAAGUUGGAUGGGAUCCAGCGUGUCGAGGUGGUGAGGCACUUAGACAAAGAGUAAGCACUUCCUUUCUUCAUUUUUACCUUACUUUUUUAUAACCAUACGGUGAUGCUGUUUGAAGCUCUGCAGCUGAACUGUAAACAAGUCAGUGCAACAUAAUUUAUAGACUUCUGACAAUAUUCUCAUUGAUUCACACAGUCCUGUUCUACUUCUGAGACGUGUCUUGCUCUUGCUCAGCACCUGGCAGUUUGGUUGCUUAGCUAGUGAUGAUGAUGAUAAUGGCAUUGAUGAAGAAGAUGAUGAUGGUAUUCUGGUGCCAUGUUGAUUGUGUUAUUUCUAUUUGCUGCAGUGUUGAUGAUGAUACAAUAAAGCUAAAAAAAAUGAACACUCUGAGCAUUGCACUGCAUGGUAGCACUACAUAUGAGUGACCUUAAAGCAGUUUCACAUCCAAGAGAAAAAUAUUAACUCUUGACUGGCAGACCUAGAAGCUGUAGCUCUAAAAUAAGCACGAUGUUACAGGACUCCUCCUCCUCUUAAGCAAUGUAUCACGUCGAUGGAAACUUGUCCAAUUUGAAUUUAUUUACCCAUCCUUCUUCUGUACUAUGAAAUAAGUAUCCUAAAUAGACCCAUGGAGGGCAGCUCAGGCACUAAAACUAAGUGGUUAAAUGACCUCUGUGGUUUUGAUGGGACUUUUUGAGGAAGUCUCUGAAAAUAACCCCGGUGAUAUCAUUAGGGGCAUUUCAGCCAUUGAUUACCAACACAAGUCUGUCUUUCAGACUGUAGGUGUAGAGUUUAAGCAUUUACCAGAAAGAGAUUAUCUUACCAAACAUGCUCGUUGCAUUAUUGGAAGUGUAGGAGACAGCAUUUUUGAGAAGUAACUGUUAGGACACUUUGUUAUUUUUUUCUUUCUAACCCUCUGUAUGAAGUCUCAGGUGCUCCUCAAGUCCCCUGAGGUGGUCAUUUUUCAUCUUUGUGUGCUUGGUGAUUAUUUUGAGAACACAUUUAAUCAUUUGUUCUCACAAUGUUUAUGUUUUCAAGUACUUUAAGUGGUUUUUUAAGUAUUUUGUGGGGGUAAGUUACAAAAUUGUUAUCCUACACUGAGUUAAAUUUGACUUUCUGUAUUUGGACCUUUUUUUUUUUUUAGCUUAUCACCUCUGCAAAGGUGUCUGGGAGACACCCUGUCGGCUCUGCUUUUAUUGCAAUCAGAAAAUGAAGUGUUGAAGCCACAAUAAAUCACAUGACUCUUACCUUCCUCUGUUGCCUCUAGUUUACAUCAAAUGCAACAUCAAAGCUUUAAUAUCAAUUCCUAAUGUAUGUCCCUAUCACUCAUAUCAAAGAAGUGUUUUAGAUAUUGUGAUCAUUUUGUUUAAAGGGUUAUUACGCUGACAUAGAUCUGUUUUUCCUCUGUUUAGUAAUGACUUCAGUCGAGCUGUUGGGGAGGAGUACCUGAAAUUCUUUGACUUCAUCGGGCAAACUCUCGAUCAUGCCCUGAGGUGAGAAUUAUGGAGGUGGAGCUUUUAUAGCAUGUUCUGACUAUGUGCUCAUUAAAUGUCAUGUAAUCAUAUUCCUAAUCAGGUUUUUCGUUUUUUUUUGUCUCCCUCUUAGAUCUUUCCUUAAAGUGGUGGUGCUCAUAGGAGAGACUCAGGAGAGGGAGCGCGUGCUGCAGCAGUUCGCCUGCCGCUUCCAUCAGUGCAACCCGGAAUCCUUCUCCUCUGCAGGUGAGCCCCGAUCAGAAUUAUCUGUUGUUGUUUUCUCAGAGAUAUACUGCCGCAGAGAAUGAUCACGUGUUCUGGAUGUAUGUUUUCUUCUUCCCUCAGGGUCUGUGUUGGCUCUUACAUGUGCUUUGAUGCUUCUCAACACCGACUUGCACGGACAGGUGGGAUACCUCUAUGACUGUGAAGGCUUUUUGCGUAGUAACUGGAAAUUCUUUGCUGUUGUUUUUAUAUCUAAUCAUUCCCUUUGUGUGUUAACAGAAUGUAGGAAAAUCCAUGUCCUCCUCUAAGUUUGUGUCCAACUUGGAUGGGAUGAAUGAAGAAGCAAAUUUCAGCAAGGAUUUCUUGAAAGUAAUGCAGCCACUGAUAUCCCUACAGAAAAACAAAGUAAAUCUAUAUUUCAAUGUCAGUGAUUAUUUUCCUCUCUGUCUACAUUACAGAGUCUCUACAACUCCAUCAAGAGUGAGCCGCUGGAAUGGGCUGUGUAAGUGGACUGAUAAAAAAAAAAAAAACACAUGGUCAGCGAUUUCUGUGAGAUUAUAUAACUCUCUGUCUGUUUAUGUUCAAGUGAUGAGGAGGAGUUGAAGAGCUCUGUGUUGGCAGAGGAAGAUGCAGGAGAUGACACGCUGCUGCGUUCAAAAGCCAACCCUUUUCAGGAUGUUCCUCACGACAAAACAGCGACGGUGAUCAAACAGGGAUUCCUGCAGAGAAAGCUCCAUGCGGACAUUGACGGCAAACGCAGUGAGUGGCGCAAACAGGGAGGAUAAAAUAAUGAAUAGGAUGUCAAACAAUCAAAGAUGAAAAACGUAACACCACCAAGUUUUAAGAGAUGUGACAUGUUUUUUAAUUUGUUUUUACUUCACUUCAGAUCACAUUACAAGUGUUUUCUCUCUCUGAUUUAGCAGUGGUUUAAAAGUAAAAGAUUAAUUAGUGUUUUAUUUUAAGAGGUAUAAUCCCUCUUGGAUUUUUUAUUGUUAGUGUUAAUUGCAGUGCAGUUACAGUCUGAAAGAAACCAUCAUGCCUUUUUGUCCCUUUCCACACACCUUAUUUAGGCUGCUGCAGUGUCUUCCAGCUUCCUGACGCCGCUGUGCUUUUGGACGGCAGAUUUCCCAAAAAACUUUCAAUUUAGCUAACAAGUCAAAAGAAAUAAGGACUAUGAGUCAAACAGAAUUAGAAUAGCACUACAGAACUUAGAAAAGUCAAGCUAAGCAAACAGGUGCGGCUGAUCUGAAAAUCACACAUCAGAAAAGCCGGCUAAGGACUAAUAAAGAGUUCAUCACAGACCUGUGGAGGAAACGAAAUCAAAGUUAAAUUCUGUUCUUGCUAAAUGGGUGGCAGCUAACUGCAGGUCCUUCGGCAUUGUGGAAGACUAAAGUCAAAAGGACUUCCUCAAUCCAGCACCAUUAUAUCUCUGCCAUAACUCUCUUUAAGAAUAUUUCACCUUAUAUUAAUUAAAGCAAGUAUUUGUCUGAAGUCUUUGGUGGAGAACAGGACACAUCCUGCCGAGUGGUCCUGCCUUUGCCUAUUGGCACAGAGUGCAGAGAAGGAUAGCUGCAGCUGCUGCCAUACAAACAUAUGUCAUGUAUUGUGCAGUUUACGGAGGUCUGUCUGAUGCUGCUUCAUGGGAUGUAAAAACUGUUUUGAAAUGCCAGAUAAUGGAAUUGAAACAAUAGUGGUAAACUAUUUACAUUCAGCAAUUAAGACAGUUAUGUUUAAAGAGCUCUGUGUCUAACUGAGAUCUUUGAUAUGGCUACUGUUGAACUGUUGUAAAGUUACUGAUGUUUCUGCAGUGCCCUGGGGGAAAAGAGGCUGGAAGACUUUCUAUGCAGUGCUGAAAGGAAUGGUGCUCUACUUACAGAAGGUCAGUCACCCUGUAAUACUUUAUAUUCUUGUGCAAAAGAUUUUGAACAAUAUUAUUUAACAAAAAGAAUUGUUGUGAUUUCCUGUUUGUGUGUUUCAGGAUGAUUACAGAAGGGACCAGCUCACUAACGAGGAGGUGGUGAGCGUGCAUCACUCUUUAGCCGAGGAGGCAGCUGACUACACCAAGAAGCCACAUGUGCUGCGUCUGCAGACGGCCGACUGGAGAGUUUUCCUCUUUCAGGCCUCGUAAGUGACAGCUCAGCAGAAAUGUUCGGGUGUGUGUGGAUGUGUUUGUGUGUCUGUAAGUCUGCAAUGUUCACUUUGCUUCACAGAUCCAGAGCAGAGAUGAAUUCAUGGAUCAGCCGCAUCAACCUGGUGUCGGCUCUUCACUCCUCACCUCCGUUUCCUGCUGCUGUUGGGUCUCAGAGGAGGUUCUGCAGGCCGAUCCUCCCCUCAUCCCAGUCUGCCCACACUCUGGUAAACUCCUAUUCUGUUUUUCAACAUUAAUGUCACCGUCAUAGUAGUACAAUGUUUAUUUUUAUUUAUGAAUAGGUUCUCUCUUUGUUUUUCAACAUGUUUUGGCCCUAAAACACACCAAAGAGUUUCCUGAUAUUAUCACUUUAGGCCCUUUUGAAUGAUGUCAAAUGUUAAUUUGGAUGUAACGUGAAAUAAACCAGUCAGAGGGUGAACUCUCAUCCCCUUUAAGAACCAAGUGUGCCCACAAGCAAGCAUACUGUCAUCUAAAUCAAUCAAUCAAUCAGUCUUUUUUUAUACAGCACUUUUUAUACAUAACAUGUAGCACAAAGUGCUUCAUACAGAAAAAGGAAUAAAACAAACUAAGAAUACCCAAACUUAACCCCAACCCAAGAUUAAAAGAAUACCCAAAUCUACUCCAGCCCAACCCCUCAUUCCCACCCCACGAUCUAAAUGCAACAGAAACAAUAUUAAAAUGCAUAAACUUAAAAAGGGGUUGAUUUGUGGAAACAGGAAUGUGUGCACUGAGGAAACGUCAUUUUAAAACUCAAGAUAAGGAAACACUGGAGGUUUAUGUUAAAAUCUAAAAACAAAGAAACAUAGAAUAAAAUUUAAGAAAUAAUAAAUAAAAUGAAAUAAAAACAACAGUAAGAGAUACUAAAAUAGGAGCACCAAAAUAGCUCAAUAAAAGACGAUCCUGUGAUUAAAAGAGAUAAAUGCUAAAACACUUAAACAGAGUUAAUGAUAUAAAAUUUAUUUAAAAGCAAGACUAAAAAGGUACGUUUUCAGUUUGCUUUUAAAAUAAAAAAUAGUACAUUUCAGCCUUUCUACUGAAAUACACCAGACUCAGUCAGCUUUUUUCUCUUCUCUCCUUCUACUGUGCCCCUAAAAUGCAAAAUAAAACACACACAAGUCACUGUUGCACGGUUCGAUGUUGCACCCACUGAAACUACUCCUCUGCGAUUAGAAACUUUCCAGCUCAAACAGACGUGUGUACAUUUAUGCAUGAGGAACGGCAGGGAAACUUCAUUAAUCAUUUAAAACCGAGACACGGUGACGGAAUCAGACAGGAUCUAAUGAUAUCACUUUACAUCAAAGAAAGGCGGCCUGAUUGACUUCUUUUUGUUUUAGCAACUUUAGACUAAGGGGCCUUCAAGUGACUGAUCAUACCAGAUCAAAAAGAGCAGCAAAAUCCUCUGGGGAAAUGCAGUUAGAACAGAUAAUAGCUACUAGAAGCACCAAGGAUUGCUCAUCAUUAGCUUCUGCAUAUUACUUCAGAUACUCAAGGCAAAUAUGUUAAAAGAUUUGCAGUUUUGUUUCAGAGACUCUGCUGCCCGGAGCUGCUGCGUCAUCCUGCACUGUUAAAAAACAACAACAAUCUAUUCACAAGAGUUUAUUUUCUUAAUUAGGUGAACAUGAAAAUUAAAAUAGCUAUUUUUUAACAAGAAAAUACAUGUCAGACCAACAAUGUGCACCUCAAUAGAGACCAAAUAUGUAAUUCUAAAUUAGCAGAAUUUGCGAUUUGUUGUUUGCACAACAAAGUAGGAAAAAUUCCCAUAAUGCAGUUCUGACAUUGACCCAUAAGGUCUGCCGUAGAAGACCUACGAAGUUUACCAUGUUCCGUCACAAGGGCAAGUUCUCCCUCAUUGUGUGUCACGGCCAGCAGCGCAGAGGGAGAAAAGGACUUUUUUGAGUGGACCAGCUUCAGUCCAAGUUGUUUAAGUAUUUUGUGUGAAAAUAAACUUGUCUGAACUGUAUAUUAACUAAUAGAGGAUGUGGUGUUGUUCUGCUUUACCAAAUUUACUUCAGUAAAUUGGCUACUUUUUCAGUUUAGCUAACAAUGCUUGUCUAUCUACAUUGCUUGUCUGCUGGAAAAUUAUCUUUCUGUUCCCUCACGACGUGUUUCUCAGCUGCGUGUCUAAUCGUACAUGUAACUGAGCAGGCAAUUUAUCUCUGGGGCGCAUUUACGAUGCACGCCGCCUCCAUGCUCACUCGCUGCGGAGAAAGCCGUUAACUUUAGCCAUUAGCAAGCAGCUGCUAGCCGACGGCUAGGGAUGCUAAAUGUUUAUAUUGGCAAAACGAAGAAUAAAUAGUCGUGACAAAUAAAAAAUAAUUGCGCAAAUAAAAGUGUUAAUAUUGGCAAAAUGAAGAACAAAUAGUCGUGACCAUUCACCGAACAGCGUAAACGUAAUUGAUACAAUGAUGAAAUGUCACUUAUGGCAAUGACCUAGCAAAUCGUUGACACAAUUAAAAGAUCUUACUGCAAAAGUUUGCCUUAAAAUUUUAAGUUUUCUAAAUUAUUCCUUUUUUACAGUGUGAUGUGGCUCAAAUCUGUCCAUGACGACGUGCUGAAAAGAGUUAGUUACACUUAAACCAGUUUAUCUUGAAGCUGAUUCUUGACAGAUGUGAUCAAAUGACGCUCAUCCAGAUAAAAACCUUACGCAUCCUCUGCAUAAGGUCUCCAGGCGGUCUCCACAUGUGGAAGAAUGUUCCUGCAUGUGUCGAGGUUGUGCCUCUUACAGCCCUGUACUAAUUUAAACCCUGCUUCGAGUAAUUAUAGUAAUGACAAAGUAAAUUUCACUUUUUCUGAGUCACUCAGGAGUGGAAUUGUUACCACCAACUCUCAGCAGACCAUGAAAAUUUCACUCAAACUGUAUUUGGCUGUUACUGUUAUUUUCUAGUCAUUUUAAUUUUUUUGCAAAGGCAUUCAUUCACAUGGACAGGGGCCUGUUUAGCCUUAAAUUAAUGUAUAACAGUUCAUCUAAAUAUGUGCAAACAGCACUGGCGUACACAGACACAAUUUUUGAAGCAAAGUUUGGGCUGCAUUUGACCUUCUGUGUGCUCUCUGUGAGUAAGACAGUAUUUUUUGCCUGAUUUGCACAGAUUAGAGGGCACAAAAGCUACAAUACUGCUGUCAACCUGGUCCGUGUACAGAACUAAAUAAUGGUGCAUUUAAUUAAUCUGAACUGAAAAAGAAAGGAUGCUUCAGUUCUUCUCUCAAAACACGUCUGGAUGAAUAUCUACCACAUAAUCAAAUCUCUGAAAUAUCUUUUCCUCUCAUUCAUCAUGCAGGAAAGUCAGCUGCAGUCUCAUGCAAAAAUGCUGGAGUCAUUCCAAGCAGACCUGUCCUAUCAGCAGCAGAACCCCCCAGAGGGGAAGAAAGUCAAAGCCAAGGAGCUGGAGGAGCAGCGAGUCAGAGCAGAGUACCUGCAGCACGAGGUAAUAGAAGUGCUGUGAGCUAAAGAGUGAGUAUACUGGUGUGAGAAGGGCGCAGAAGUAACACCCUGUCUUUUUUUUUCCCAAAACAAACACAGAUAUGUCGCUAUGAGAUCUACAUCCAGGUGUUGGAAGCCUGGAAGAAAGUGAAGACGACAGAUGGCGGCAUGUUGACCACAGCUGACCUGAACCUGUUCGAUAGAGCUGUCUGUUCAGACUCUGUGGGAGAGGUAGAGGAGGAAGGCAGCCUGAAAAAGUCCUACUCCAGCCCGUCUCUGGAGCUGGAGAUACCUGCCCCAACAGUAAUCAAAGUAAGACGCAACAUUUCAGAGAGACGGACUUAUCGCAGGACCAUCGUUCCUCGGUGGAACAAAGAAGCCUGAAAGCUUUCGAAGUAAGACGAACCAUUAAAGACAGUUUUGAAAACCCAAGUUGAAACAUUUCCUCUGUAAGCUGACAGGACUUGAGUUGAAGAACAAUAAUCUGUCUUAAAUUUUCACUUUAUUUCGUGUCUGCAUUUUAACUUGUGCACUUUUAUGAAGAAAAACCUCAGGGAAUUCCCAACCCUCAGUCCCUCUCAGGAUGGAGGAGGCUGAUUCAUCUCUUCCAUGACUUCAAAUAUCUGGACUUAAUUUAUUUCGUUUUUAUUCUGAACUUCCGUUUCCUUAAGGACUCAACAGGUACGAAUUCAAAUUUAUUUCCUGUUUCUCUUGGUGCACAAAUAUGCCAUUAAAAAUGAAACCACUAGAGGGCGCCGUAACACAGCACAUAUCUGAGUGAACAGAGGGAGGAGGCUGUCAUGUCAAUUUAAAACUUGUUUUCAAAGAACCCAAAUUGCACUUUUAUUGUUUGGUACAUGUAAAUAAUAUAAAACAUUGACUUGCUUUCUGUGAAAUUUAAGGAUGUUAGUGUUGCUGUUACAAAUUUGUCUUAAACGGCAAGUUAUUUUCCAAAAUAUGACUGUUUUUCUGUUCUCUGUUGGCAAAAAUGUUGAAAUUCCCAUUAAAACUCUUAGUUUGAA